AGAGUGUUGGAUGAUCUCUUGAUACCAAGAUUCACCACUGAGUCACAGUUCUCCACCUACGAGGAAAAGGAAUGAAAGGCCAGGCUGGUGGAGACCACGCUGGGAAGCUGCGGAUGGGCCAAGGGGGAGAUGCUGCAGAGCCUCCCGGCAUCCCAAGACAAUGGCGUUACACCCACGAAGAGUUCGCUUGAAGCCGUGGCUGGUAGCCCAGGUCGACAGUGGCAUGUAUCCCGGCCUUAUCUGGCUAAAUCGAGAAGCGAAGCGGUUUCAGAUCCCCUGGAAGCACGCAACUCGGCACAGCCCGCAGCACGAGGAGGAGAACACCAUCUUCAAGGCUUGGGCUGUGGAAACAGGAAAGUACCAGGAAGGAGUCGAUGAGCCAGACCCCGCAAAGUGGAAAGCCCAGCUCCGAUGCGCUCUUAACAAAAGCCGGGAAUUCAAUUUGAUGUAUGAUGGCACCAAGGAGGUGCCCAUGAAUCCGAUUAAAAUUUAUGAAGUGUGCGAUAUCCCGCAGUCCCAGGGAUCAAUCAUUAAUCCAGAAAACACACAAAUAAACUUCCAGUAUUGUGCAAAGCCAAUGAAGAUCACAUUAUUUUUGAAGUGCGCUGCAGAGUUUCACACUGAUCAACUGCCCGCAAGGAUGUGCUUGUUUGCAGGCUCCACUGGCUCGGCUCCGUGGGAUGAAAAAGAUAAUGAUCUUGAUGACGAAGAGGAGGAAGAACUGAAUCAAUCUCAGCAUGUCCCCAUUCAAGAGACGUUUCCAUUUCUCAAUAUCAAUGAUUCUCCAAUGGCUCCAGCCAGCGCAGAAAACUGUAGCUCCGAAGCUGUGUGGCCAAAGAAUGAACCUCUAGAUAUGGAAAUGCCCCCAACUGCCUUGCAGCCUGACUUCUUCAGCAGCCCGGAGCUCUGGAUCAGCUCUCUGCCAAUGACAGACCUGGAAAUCAAGUUUGAAUAUCGAGGAAAGGAGACUGGACCAACGACGACUGUAAGCAACCCGCAGGGAUGCAGACUUUUCUAUGGAGAGCUGGGUCCUAUGCCAGACCAGGAAGAGCUCUUUGGGCCCAUUAGUUUGGAGCAAGUAAAGUUUCCUGGGACAGAGCAAAUCACCAAUGAAAGGCAGAAGAUCUUUACAAGUCGGCUGCUGGAUGUUAUGGACAGGGGACUGAUCCUGGAGGUCAGUGGCCACGCCAUUUACGCUGUCCGGCUCUGCCAGUGCAAGGUGUACUGGUCUGGUCCCUGUGCGCCUUCCUCCACCACACCAAAUUUGAUCGAGAGACAAAAGAAAGUCAAACUUUUCUGUCUGGAAACAUUCCUUAGUGAGCUGAUUGCCCAUCAGAAAGGACAAAUUGAGAAACAACCACCAUAUGAGAUCUACUUCUGUUUUGGAGAAGAGUGGCCCGAUGGGAAACCCAGGGAGAGGAAGCUGAUUGUGGUUCAGGUCAUCCCAGUCGUGGCCCGGAUGAUCUACGAAAUGUUCUCCGGUGACUUCACGCGCUCCUUUGACAGCGGCAGUGUGCGGCUUCAGAUCUCCACGCCUGACAUCAAGGACAACAUCGUGGCUCACCUGAAGCAGCUGUACCGCCUGCUGCAGAACCACCAGGAGGGGUGGCCAAUGCCGGCCCCUGCCAUGCACUUGGCUCAGCCGCUCCCAGCCCAGUGAUGGGUGCCUUGCUUCGCUCCGAGCUUCACGUUGUACAUAGAGGAGCAUUUCUUAGAGUGCCUUGCCUAAAUCUGAAUAAAAGAUGUAAAUCUGGUAAUCUGGUUCAAUUCCAGCAGUCUG